UCGCCAUCCAUCUUCUCCUUCAGAACAUUUCUUCUGCAGAACAGAAAGCUUGCUUUCCGAUGGCCAUCUCCCUAAUGACCUCUCGCCCCUACAUUCUAACAUCUACAGGAGCCAGUCUUUUCCGUCAGACUCUUCCUCUCCUUUACCAUUCCAAUAAGUCUUUUGUCUCCCAAGCCGCAGUCUUCCUUACCGAUAACCAAAAUAAGACCUUGUUCCGCUCCUGCAGCGUCAAUAAACCAAUCAGAAGCUCUCCUAAUUCCGUUAAAGUUGCUUCGAAAUCAAGGUUUGGUCUUGUGGGUCAGCGCAGUUUCACCGCAAAAGCUACUCACGUCAAUGAUGCAGGCUCCAUCAACUCGUCUCUCAUGCAGUCUAUGGAGAAGAAGAUCAAGGAACAUCUAAAUGCUGAAUCAGUCAUCGUAAGAGAUGCAUCUGGUGAUGGUCGACAUGUUUGCAUUGAUGUUGUCUCAUCAGCAUUUGAGGAACAGUCAGCUGUGAAUAGGCAGAGAAUGGUUUAUAAAGCCAUAUGGGAGGAGCUUCAGAACACGGUGCAUGCAGUUGACCAAAUGACUACCAGAACCCCUGGUGAAGCAGCAGGUUUGAAGUGAAAGAAUUAGCAACUUCUAAACUCAAAUCAACCUACCUAUUUUACUUAUCUUAUGAAGAGUUUAGAACCUGCAAUCCAAGUUGAAUUUUGCCUUUUAUUCCAUCUGCUUAGAAGUUACUAUUGAUAGAAUUCCCUGCUGCAUAAACCAGAAAAGGGAAGGCAGAAUUUAACACUCAUCUUUUACCAUCUUUUGUAUGCUACACAAACAGCAUUUAUUGUUAUUGACCACCAUAUAUAUUUCUUUAUGUGGGUUGGCUGCUUAAUAACAUACCCUUCUAUCCCUCAUUUAUUUCAUUUUGGCUAAUAUGGUACAAUUGUUGACAAGCUUGCAAUUGAGAUUUCUUGGGUGCUUACGUUUGGUUUCCAGUGAGCUUCAUAAAGUUUGAAUCAUCCAAUGCAACUAAGAAUUUGGGAUGACUUUCUGAGGUCAGACACAUGCACACUGUGACAAUUGUUAUUCGUUGGCAAAUUGUCUAGGUAACCAAUAUCUCAUGUCAAGAUUCAGAAGUUUUAGGUUGGUUUUGUUCAACUCAUCUUGAUAAUCCAGUUUGAACAUGAACCAUUCAAUUGUCAUCAGUAGUUAUUGUUUUGAUGUCCAGAAACUGCUUUUCUGCACUGUCCUCUUUUUGGUUUUUCUGCUCUUUCCACAUACCUCUAUCUACUC